AAACUCAGCCCAGCCCACCCUAAUUUUUCCCAGCCCAGCCCACUUGCCUGCAAACCCUUCUCAUCAUCUUCCUCUGUCGAACUCGCUCUCUCUCACGGCUCACACUUCGCUGCCUCUUGCUCUCUACCUCCUCUUCUCUUGCUCGUCCGCUCGUGCUUGGCCUCGCUCUCUGGCUCUCUCUUGCUCUCGCUCGCCCUCGCUGGCUCUCUCUUGCUCUCGCUCGGGCUCGACCUCGACCUCGGCCCCUCUUGCUCUCGCUCGCCCUCGCUCUCUGCCUCUCUUGCUCUCGCUCGGCCUCGGCCUCGGCCCUUUUCGCUGCCUCUCGCCCUCGCUCGCCCUCCGGCUCUCGCCCUCGCUCUCUGCCUCUCUCGCUCUCGCUCUCGCUUGGCCUCGGCCCUUCUCUCUGCCUCUCGCCCUCGCUCUCUACCUCUCUCGCUCGCCCUCGCCCCCACGCUUGCUCGGCCGGUCGGGUUCGCCCUCUUGCUCGCUGCCCUCUGAUUCAGGUCUUCGUUCCCCCCCCCAAACCCAGAUUUGCUUCAUUUUUUUCCAGGUCUUUACUAUUUCCUGACCAUGAUUCUGAAUGGAUGCUCCCUAAUUCCUGGGAGUACUUGUCCGAAUCAUAAAUUGUGCACUGCAAAGUCCUAUCAUCCUGCUUCUGUGCGCCUCCCUCAUUUGCCUGCCCUUGUUUCAUCUUCUGGCGUUAGGAGUUCACUGGGAUUCUGUCAAGAACUAAAAAUAUGGUCUACCAAAGUAAGUCCUGUUCUGCAACUUGCUGCUGCAUCAACUCCACUUUUAAGCGGUGAUCAGGGCAGCCUGUUGCAUACAAUACCCACCAUACGUAGGCGGCGGCAACGAAGUUUUCUAUCCCCAAGUGCAUCCAAGGAUGUCCCUUACAGUUUCCGGUACCCUGCAAUGACCAAGAAGCCAAGAUGGUGGUGGAGAACUCUGGCUUGCCUCCCGUAUCUGAUGCCCCUACACGAGACAUGGAUGUAUGCCGAAACUGCAUAUAAUCUUCAUCCAUUCUUGGAGGACUUUGAAUUCAUAACAUACCCCUUCUUGGGAGCUCUCGGGAAAUUGCCAAGCUGGUUUCUAAUGGCAUAUUUCUUCGUGGCGUACCUUGGAAUAGUGAGGAAAAAGGAAUGGCCUCACUUCUUUAGGUUCCAUGUGGUAAUGGGCAUGCUCUUGGAGAUCGCCCUGCAGGUCGUCGGGACUGUGAGCCGCUGGAUGCCCCUCGCCAUCUACUGGGGUAAGGUCGGGAUGCAUUUUUGGACUGCCGUCGCGUUCGGGUACCUCUUCACCGUGUUGGAGUGCAUCCGGUGUGCCCUGGCCGGGAUGUACGCCGACAUUCCAUUUGUGUGCGAUGCUGCAUACAUCCAAAUACCAUAUGAUUAAAGGAACAGGCAUGAGGAGUUUCCUCCUGAGGUGGUUGGUUGGUUGUUCUUCUCUGGUUGGUUGGUUGUUUUUUUUGUAAGUUAUUGUUAACGAUGUCUUCCCCAUUGAUGGUUUAUGGGUUUUAGUUUGAAUGCUGUGAUGCACAUUCGGAGUAAGUAUCUAAGAAAGCAACCUUGAUCAA